ACUCGCCCGUCAACCACAAAGUAAGGACCAGGAGCCAGUCCAUAAUCACAUGCAGAUUUAUUUGUGUUUUUUUAUUGUAAUAGGAUCAGCGCCGGGGAAUGAUUGAUCACAUCCACCUGAUCCCUGAGCUGUGUACCCUGACGGGGCUCAGCGAAGCUAUGCGCAGUGAUUUCCACGUCAUGAAGGACCUGUCUGUGUACACUCGCAUCACGCCCAACGUCCGCAUGAAAGAGCUGACCAACUUCAUCGGCAGCUUUCCCAGGAAUCAAGAGGCGAAUACUUACCUGCAAAAGUGGCAGGUGAGCUUUGAAGCUCAGCCAGUCAGGAUCAACGCUCGCAUCAUGGAUCGGGAGAAAAUCCUCACCGGUCACCAGGGAAAGAAUGAGAUUUCCUUGGGGGAGAAUGCAGAGUGGAGCAGAGAUCUGCGGAAGGAUCUGCUGAGCUGUAUUGGUCUGCACAACUGGCUGCUGAUCUACACAGCGCGUGAUAGCAAGAACGCCAUGGAAUUCCUGAACGCCUUCAACACAGUGGCACCGCGUUUGGGAAUGGAAACCAGACCACCCUUAAUAUGCGAGUUACGUGAUGACCGCACUGAAAGCUUCAUCCGUGCCAUCCGACAGAACUUGAGUCCCCAGACACAGAUGGUUGUGUGUAUCCUACCAACUAUUCGUAAGGAUCGCUACGACGCCAUCAAGAAGUUCUGCUGUCUAGAGGCCCCGGUACCCAGCCAGUGCAUUGUGGGUCGCACUAUCAACAAGAAACAGACCGUCAUGUCCGUAGCUACCAAGAUUGCUAUGCAAAUUAACUGCAAGAUGGGCGGAGAGUUGUGGACAGUUUUAAUUCCAUCCAAAAUGUUGAUGAUGGUGGUAGGAAUCGACUCUUAUCACGACUCCGCCACUAGAGGGCGCUCUGUCGGUGGCUUUGUCGCUUCCAUGAAUCACGACCUUAGCAGGUACUUUUCACGAUGUACAUUCCAGCACACAGGACAGGAGCUCAUUGAUGGUCUCAAAGUCUGCAUGACAAGUGCAUUGAGGAAGUUUCAAGAAAUCAACGGUAAGUUGCCCGAGAGAGUCAUCAUCUAUCGCGAUGGCGUCGGCGAUGGGCAACUGCCGGCUGUGGUGGAGUAUGAACUACCGCAAGUAAUUGAUACCUUCAGGAUGAUAGGAACAGACUAUAGGUAG